GAUAAGAAAAACUGGAAUUUUAGCAUCAUCGCUGAUUACAAUCGGCCGUGAUCUACACCGACACCUUACAUAAUGGCCAAGCGACAGACCUGGGAUCAGGUGCGCCAGAUCUUCGUCCAGGCGGUGAACGCAGUGCAUCCGGAGAAGAUAUUCGCGGACUUCCAGCGAUUCGAUCUGCGCCCGCAGCCUGGUGAGAAUCCCAGCCAGAUUAGCAUUAAACUAAAUGGCGAAGGGCAGGACAUCAGUGGAAAGACCUGCCACAUCGUGGGAUUCGGCAAGGCUGUCCUGGGAAUGGCCAACAAGGUGCACCAGGAUCUGGGGCAGUACUCGGCCGGUGGUGUCUUGAGUGUGCCGGUAAACACGCUAAGGCAGUUCCAUCAACCCGUGGCAUUCGGCUUGAGUAUCCACGAGGGAGCACCCAACAAUCUGCCGGACGAGAAUGCCCUGAAAGCAGCCCACGCUAUCAAGGAGCUGGCUGAGAGGAUGACCUCCAAGGACGUGCUCUUCGUUUUCAUUUCAGGCGGUGGCUCUGCUCUGUUGCCCCUACCUAGGGCUCCCCUAACACUGGAUGACAAACGUUCCAUUGCGGACAAGCUGAUGAAGCGUGGUGCCAGUAUCCAAGAGCUCAAUGCCGUGAGGAUAGCCUGUUCAGACAUCAAGGGCGGCCGCUUGGCCACGUUUGCAGGCCGUGCCGGUCUCCUCGUGACCUUCGUACUCAGCGAUAUCAUUGGAGAUCCCCUGGAGCUGAUAGCCUGCGGUCCCACAAUUCAACCUGUGAACGGUGCAUCUGCUGCUGAAAUCCUCAAGAAGCACCAGGUGUGGGAGGAGCUCUCGCCGGAGAUUCAGAAAGUGUUUGAGUCUUCGGAGCAACAGGUGAACCCAACUCUGCCCCCACACAAGGUGUUUGUGGUGGGCAGCAAUGUGAUAGCCACCACGAAGGCUGCGGAGGAGGCAGAGAAACUCGGCUACAUUCCCUGCAUGCUUAGCUGCGCCGUUCAAGGGGAUGUGUCCCAGGUGGCUGGCGACUAUCAGCGCCUGUUGCAGGGCAUCCAGGAGGCAAAGCACCAGGGUAUACAUGACCAGCAGCUCAGGGAGAAGUACUCGUUCGGAGAGAGCAGUUUUCUAGGCUUCCGACGAGCUCUAGAAGAGCACUUGGCCAGCAAGAAGCCACUGUUUCUCAUAUGCGGCGGAGAGCCAGUCAUCAAGGUCACAGGCCAGGGAUUGGGUGGACGGAGUCAACAUUUGGCCCUGCUGAUGUCGCAGGCCCUGCAUCGCGACGAGGCAAUGAGGGAUUGCACCUUCCUUAGUGCCGGAACCGAUGGCAUCGAUGGACCCACAGAUGCAGCCGGAGCCAUCGGAGACAGCAGUGUGAUAGAGGCUUACCUGAGUGAUCACACGCUCGACGAACUGGCCGAGACGCUGCGGAACUGCGACAGCUACAACUUCUACAAGAAUCUCGCCGGCGGUGACUACCACGUGCUCACCGGGCACACGGGUACCAAUGUGAUGGAUCUGCAUUUUCUAGUCGUGCCUUAGACCGCCGCCCGCCCAUUCACAUAUGUGGGGCAGCUCGUCGUUAAUGGAGCUGCUCUUGAACCGCCACGACGGGCAAAAGUCAUUUAAAUUUGUUUUUACGAUUUUCCUCUUUAAUUUUGCUCUAUGAAAUUUUUACGACUUUUUUCAUUAACAUUUUUAAUAUCCAUUCAAA